CUCCCGCCCACCCCCACCCCUUCAGAGGAGCAAGCACAGGGAGCUGAUGACGGACCCAUUAAUCCCUUCUUCAAUGCAUCAAAAGAAGCCGAAGGGCUGGAAGUCGCUGGGCUCGGAGUCCUGCAGGAAAUGCUUCGAUCUGCUUUUGGUUUUGUAUGAAACUGGUGACUAGGGGCUCGGCUCGCCCCGCCGCCGCCCGCCGGCACCUGGAUGCGCGGGUCGCCGCCGCCGCCGCCGCCUUGCCCGCCGCCGCGAUGCAACGCUUCUGGUGGUGCUGCCGGUAGCUCGGGUGCGAUGGGAGCGAGCCGGCGGUGAUUAGUGGAGGGCGGCGAGGGAGAGAGAGCGAGAGGAAGGGCUGCUCUGCUCUGCUGUGUGUGUGGGCUUCAGGAUUUUUUUCUUCUUCUUUUCCUACUUCCAUCCUCUCCCCGUCACUGGAAGUCCUCCCGUAUCUAAAUGGAAUUAGUGGAGACCGAAGCCCCUUGUGUAAGGCACAGACAUGACCCAUGGGCGCAGCUUCUUUCACAUUGUAGCAAGUCUAAUCAUCCUACAUUUGUCUGGGGCAACCAAAAAAGGAACAGAAAAGCAGACUACUGCCGAAGGACAGAAACCAGUGCAGUGCGGAACUUGGACAAAAUAUGCAGAAGGAGGCAUCUUCACUUCUCCCAAUUAUCCCAACAAAUAUCCUCCUGACAGAGAGUGUGUCUACAUUAUUGAAGCUGCCCCUAGACAAUGCAUUGAACUACACUUUGAUGAAAAAUAUUCCAUAGAACCUUCUUGGGAGUGUAAAUUUGACCACAUUGAAGUACGAGAUGGACCUUUUGGCUUUUCCCCAAUCAUUGGACGUUUCUGUGGACAGCAAAAUCCACCUAUGAUAAAAUCCAGUGGCAGAUUUCUGUGGAUUAAAUUUUUUGCUGAUGGUGAGCUGGAAUCUAUGGGGUUUUCUGCUCGAUAUAAUUUUACACCUGAUCCCGAUUUUAAGGACCUUGGAGUUUUGAAACCAUUGCCAGUUUGUGAGUUUGAGAUGGGAGGACCUGAAGGAAUUGUGGAAUCUAUACAAAUUGUCAAAGAAGGAAAAGCUUCUGAAACUGAAGCAGUAGACUGUAAAUGGUACAUCAGAGCACCACCCAGAUCCAAGAUAUACUUGCGAUUCUUGGACUAUGAAAUGCAGAAUUCCAAUGAAUGCAAAAGGAAUUUUGUUGCUGUUUAUGAUGGAAGCAGCUCUGUGGAGGAUUUAAAAGCAAAGUUUUGCAGCACUGUUGCUAAUGAUGUAAUGCUGCGGACGGGUCUCGGUGUGAUCCGCAUGUGGGCAGAUGAAGGCAGUCGAAGCAGCCGAUUCCAGAUGCUCUUCACAUCUUUCCAAGAACCCCCUUGUGAAGCCAACACAUUCUUUUGCCACAGUAAUAUGUGCAUUAAUAAUACAUUGGUCUGCAAUGGACUCCAGAAUUGUGUAUAUCCUUGGGAUGAAAACCACUGCAAAGAAAAAAGAAAAGCUAACCUAUUGGACCAACUUACCAAUACCAGUGGGACCAUAAUUGGGGUGACGUCUUGUAUUGUUAUCAUCCUCAUUGUUAUCUCUGUGAUAGUACAGAUCAAGCAGCCUCGUAAAAAAUUUGUCCAAAGGAAAACAGACUUUGAUCAAACGGUGUUCCAGGAGGUGUUUGAGCCUCCUCAUUAUGAAUUAUGCACCCUCAGAGGGACAGGGCCUACAGCUGACCUUGCUGAUGUUGCAGAUGACUUUGAAAAUUAUCAUAAACUGCGGAGAUCAUCUUCAAAAUGCAUUCAUGACCAUCACUGUGGAUCACAAGUGUCUAGCAUUAAGGGCAGCCGUAGUAACCUCAGCACAAGAGAUGCUUCUGUCUUGACAGAAAUACAACCCCAACCUGUAAAACCACUCAUUCAGCCCAUGAACAGGAGAAAUAUCCUUGUCAUGAAGCAUAGCUACUCACAAGAUGCUGCAGAUGCGUGUGAGAUAGAUGAAAUUGAAGAGGUACCAACCACAAGCCACAGGCUGUCCAGACAUGAUAAAGCUGUUCAGCGGUUCUGCCUCAUUGGGUCUCUAAGCAAACAUGAGUCUGAGUACAACACAACUAGGGUCUAGGAGACAAACUUGAGAUAAUGGAAGACUGCUGUGAAAUUCUGCUUUAUCCCAGGCAGCAGGACACCACAACUGUGAGUACCGACUCUGUGCAGUGCUCUGGAAAGGACUUAGCAGCUUCUUAUACAAGUGUAGGCAGACAAGGAUUUAAUGGGAGUAUAGGAGCAUUCCUGUGAUGCCACAUGCAGCACAUAGCUCUGCAAUAUCUACUUGUUUAAUCUUUUUAAGCUUACCUUUCUUCAAUCCAUCCUCCUCAGCUUCAGUGAGAGACAGUAAACAAAAUCAACUUUUUUUUGAAAUGGUGGCUUCACUGGAAGGUGGUCAUUUGGCAUUUAACAGUAUUUAUAUAUGAAAGACAACAACAAUGUGUGCUGAAGCUAUUGUAAAACAAAAAUAUUUGGAGUUUUUGCACAGAUCCUCAAUACAGGCUAAAUGAACCAUUCAGCUGCAACAACUGCAUCAGUAAAGGAAGACGCCUUGCAUCUGAGAUUUUUCUAAUAGUACUGCAGGCUCUGAUUCAUGACCUAUUCACAUCAUCCCUCUUGAUCUUACUUUUCUCUCUUCAGUGAAAAUUUUAAUUAGGAAAAAGCAGUUUGUUGGAAGUGAAUAGCUUUCACUGCCUUUAGUGAAGAACAGAAUGCAAUUUACAUUGGGGAAGGAGAGCUUCAUUCCAUGAUUUUUUCCUUAGUGUUAAAGGAGUUCAAAAUCAGUGAAGAUAUAGGUGAGCUGCUCUUUCUCUUUGUUUAACAGAUCAGUGAUUCAAAGAAAAUGUAAUGUUUUAUGCUUAACUAACCCCUUUAAGGUAGAAAAGUAAAUGCCUUUCUAACUUUUUCACUCCCACAUUUUACUGGAUAUUUUGGUAUAGAAAAUGCAUUUGGGGUGGUUUUGUUCGAUACUCUAAAUGCAUCUGGCACCUACUUAGACCAAGGUUGAAGAAAUUCCUCCUGCAGACAAAAGUGUAAUAUUUCUUUACUUUCAUGACUGAGGCCCAGAGACUUGUGCCAUCAUUUGAGAGUAACUUUAGUGCCAUAAUGGAUCUUGUUAACUUUUAGUGUGUUGGUGGAAAAUCUUCACCAACCUAGGCAAAUACUGAAUAUUUUGAGAUAGCUAUUAAUAAUAAAUACUUUUAGAAAUAAUGCAAGUAUAGGAUCUCCACUGGUAGUGUCAUCAUCACUUUGAUGACUGAAAAAGAGGAGUGACAUUAAUUUCAAGAACUUUCAGUUCUUAUCAGAAGGGAGCAAAAAUGAUGUGACAUCAUAAAUGUUUUAAUAUGUGUGAUUUUUCUCCUUAAAUUCAGCUAGGAUUCUUAGUUUUAGUCCUCCUCUCCCUUUCCUAAUAUAGACAUGUUUAUGUCAAUUUGGUGACUCAAAAUAAAAAUUAAAAAUCAACAAAACAAAACAAAAACAUAAAACUACACUGUGGUACAAUGCACAGCUGGUUUUUUUUUUUUUUUUUUUUUUUUUUUUUAAGUGCUAUAAGAUGUCAUUAGAGUUUAGCUGAAUCACUUAAUGUACUGCUGGAAAAUUAUUAUAUCCAAGAUGCAUAAAAACAGAAUUAGAAAACUACUCUGGAAGCUCUGCAUGAUUUUACUUCUCUCAGUUUUAUUAUUCAACUGGCUUUGAUCAAAAGACAGAAAGCUCAACAAGCAUAAACUUUUAUAGAAAUCUCUACAGGGACAUAAACUUCAUAUAGCAUAAUGUUUUAAACACACAUCUGUUUUGAGUAUAUGGAGAAAAGAAAGAAAACAUUCAGGAACUUUUUUAAUGGUUUGAGAAACUGUGUGGUUCUUCUGACUCUCAGAACUAGUCAAACAGAAUUUGCAUAGGUUCUUGUCUGCAUAGUUGGUACACCAUGGUUAACAAAAUAUCUAAAUAAGUAUAAAAUCAAUAUUUAGGAAGCAAGAGAAGAAAAACAUGGUAAAAAAGACUGUUGAGAAGUAUGGUGUGUGACUUCAAACCUAUUAAAUACUACCCUAAAAUACUGUAAAACUUGACACCUCCCUUUGUUUUUAGUUUUACUGUAAGCCUUAUAGUUUAAAGCUGCUACACACUAAGAAUGUAGUAUACAAUGAACCCACUAACAAAACUCUUUGAUUACUGAGGCUCUUGGUCAGCUCCUGAAUCAAAUCUUGUCACCCAGUCUGUGACAGUGGGCUCACCGCCCUUUGUUGCUGAUGACACUAAAUUGGCUAAUGAUACAGAUGUGAUGUUCUUUGUCUUUGUGACAGACUUUAUUGCUGACUUUGGUGGCACUUUCAAUUCUAGCUCCAGCUAUGAUGAUAACAACAGAAGUUAGUGGGUAAUGGAGAACUUGUUUCAGUUAAGCCUUAACCAUACACCCAUCCAUAUCAACUGUAUCUGCCUCUAUAUUUUAGCAGUCAAAGUAGAAAUAACUAAUUAAAUUUAAAACAAAUUAUUGUUUAUUCAUAUACUAUUUAUUAUUUAUUUUAGUUAAUUAUUAUUAAAUAUUUAAAAAUAAAUUUUAAAUACAUUCUAUCAUCCUGUCUGGGUCUUCUUCAGCAUUUUUGAGACAUAUUCACAUCUGAAGUAUUUCUUGUUGAAUACCAUGAUUCAAAGGACACUUUGUUUGAGCACAAAACUCUUAAGAUAUUUUUAUUAUUUAUUAUUAUUAUUUUUUUUUCCUGAGAUUUUAAGGCCCUCCAAGCCAAUCAGGAACUGCUAUACUGUUUGGGGCUGACUUGUUAAUGAUGAGUAUCAGCUGGGUCAAAAGAGAGAAGAAUAAACUUUGCUUAUGAAGAUUGCUAAAUUAUUUUCUCAAUGUGAAGAAUGACCUGAAUACUUGGAUCCUCCAUGUGGAUCUUCCCAAUAUUAGGGGAAAAAAGAAACUAAAGUUCCAGACCCCUAGGUUUAUGCUAUAGUUUCAUUUCUUCCACAUUAAAACUAGUUAUCCUAGUUAUCUUCAUUUGCAAAAUAGAAACAGGAGAAAGCGGAAAGUCAAGUGGCUGCUAAGAAAAAACACUGAAAAAUACAGCAGUGGUAAGUAAAUCAAUUAUUGUACACUUAUACAUACAAAUAAUGUACAACAUGCUGUGAAAUGGGACCACUUCUGUUUCUGCUGGAGAAUUUGCAAAUCAUCUAGGUUUAUUGGUUUUGGUUUUACACUUGGACAAGACAUUGGCUGACAACUUUUUAAUUAUGUUUAUUUCAUAUAGUUCUAAGAAUUAUGAAAUCUCUACAUUCCGAAGUAGUCAGAAAGCUCAGACACUUUCUGCUCUACAUAUUUUAUAAAUCUUUAUAAAAGAAACAGGAUCUAUGCUAUGGAAUUAUUGUUGUGCCUUGCAAAACAUUGCAUAGAUAUGGCAUCUAGCCAGUACUGUAGUCAUAAUACAUUGUCUGAUGGAGAAAAAUACAAUGAUCUAAAACAAAGUCACUUACAAGAUCCAUACAACCUUGAAAUGUUUAAGUGAAAAGUCAGUGCAGAGUUAUUUUUGAAGAGCUUGAGUUUGUCCUUUUUCAUAUGCGGAUGUCUCAAAUGAUUAGAGGCAUUGUGAAGGAUAAAGGGAGAACAAAAACAUAAUCCAGAUUUUUUCUUUCAUGAUAAUAGUAUUGCUUAUCUCUAUAUCUGCUGCUUGGGUGAUGUGCUGUUAGGAGAAAAUUCUGUGCUGAUACAGGCUUUUGAUAGUUACAUAUAAUGCUAAUGCUUAUACAAGCCUCCCCUAACCUUGUUAUUAAAGGUUUUUAAAAUUCAUAAGUCCAAUAAACAUUUUAUCAGAAUAUUACAGCAUUUUGUCUUUGCUGUUUUCAACAGAAAAGAAACUCCAGAUAAAAAAUUUGAAAGAAGCUUGAGUUUGAACAAAGGUCAUGAAUCUCCCCUUAAAUCAUGCAUGAAGAGGAGUUUAACACAGACUAAUUUGUAAAAUGUGGUGCAUACGCAGACAUAUGCAAUCAGUUUUGUAAUAUAGCAUGCUUUCCAUCAUUUAGUAUGCAUACUUCACAGGUACGUGGAUACUUCAGAAUGAACACAAGGGUUUAUGUGUCCCCAGACAGCAGUAAGCAGUCAUCAGAUUGCUGAAAAUGGCAAAUGUUCCCAAGUUAAUGCUGUAAGUAUUUGGACUGAUAUUACACAUAGAAGUUAGACUGAGAAAUACAAAGAAAACCUCUCAUCCAUUUCCAGAACAUUUCAUGCUUGGCAUUCCAAAAUGUAUUUCAUUUCCUAUGAUAAUGAACAUAAAUUUAACAGAUUUAUUAGUUCACUUGCUGAAGUUGCUUGUAAUGUUUUAUUUGGGGAGGUGGGGGGGGAGAUGAAGGAGAGAAGAAUAUGUAGUUAAAAUGUCAUGAUGCUUAGAAAACAUCUGCUCUACCAGAUCAUGACUAAAAUAUUUUAUUUGUAUUUUGCUAUAAUUUGUUAUACCUUUCAAUUACUCUUAACGAAUGUUAUAAGCUGCUAGUCAAGGAUAUGUAAUAUCUUGAAACUGAAUCUUACUUCAAGAAGAACUUCAAUGGGUGGAAUACCCACCAGGAUGAGAUGAGGAGAACCAGAGGGAAUUAUGGGUACAAAUGGUUUUCUCUGCAAAAAAUUCUACAUGUCUGCUGUAAUCUUUAAUCUCAAUGUAUGUUUGAAACCAAAGCACUGUAAAGAAAGACCCUCAUCUGUAAAAGAUGCUCUUGCUGACAUCUAAGGGAAUAUGAGAUGCAGAUUCAAUCUCUCUCUCUGUUAGUCUUCUGUUUUGUUAGCAAGUUGUUGUCUGCAUUAGUUUUCACAAGUAGAAUUGGUCUCUCCUUAAACUGAUCCAUGAGGUUUGAACCUUAGUCUCCCACAUGAAAUAAAAUGGUCUAUAACCACUGGGCUAAGGAUUUAUGCUCUUCCCUACUCCUCUACCUUAAUUUUCCCUCUUGUUCUAAUGAAUGGUUGUUUUUAAACAGAAAGAAGAAUAACUCUCAUAACAGUAAUCUGACAAAGAACUAUGGAAGAACAGCUAGAGCUGCAUUUGCAGGCAAUUAGUUUUAGGAUAAUUCAUUACACCUGUUUCUUGAAUUGCUUGAAUUGACAGAUUUGGGUAACAAAUCUGAAACCUUCCAGUUAAAGGGGAACUCUGAUAUUGCAUCCAUCUUUCCAUGUUUCAGUUCUGCUAGUGCAUUGAAUUUAAAUCUCCUGCUUCUGAGUCCUGGAAGAAAAUCCCUACAGAAAAUUCCCCAACAUAAUUAGAUGGCCUUAGAUAGCCUUCUGCCAGAUCAGUCUCUCUCACAGAUGACCUGGGACAAAGAGGUGGCAGCAACUAGUGGCAACUGGAGGAAGGAGAUCCUGAGGUGGUGUUGGGAGAGGGCAAAGGAGGUCUUUCUCUCAUCUAUUAUUAUGUCUUUCAUCACUAACAGCUAAGUCCUUUUGCAUUCAGGAAAGAGGAGUGAAGAUUUUUAAAUAGCUCCUUCUUUUGUGAAUUUAAAGUGAGACUGGUAGAGAGGACUGUAAGCACAGAAGGAUGAACCCCUUUUUGUCAACUAAUUCUGCAUAUUUUUCUGAGAAUGGUUCAACAGUUGUUGUGUUAAAAUAGAAUUUCCUUCUCAGGAAGGUGUUUAGACAGUUCAGGUUUCAGUUCAGGGCAGGUUUUAGACACAUACAUUUCAAAUGGAAAACUGAAUGUCUAACUCCAUUAAUUCAAUGAAUUCAUACUCAAAAUUACUCUCCUCAUAAGUACUUAUUUCCUUUGAUCCAGGUCAAAAUAAACUCAAUUACUUGUCUCUUUGACAGAUUUCAAUAAAUCUUUGUUGUUUCUUUCUGCUAGAAUAGACAUGUGAAGGAAAGAAACUUAUUUUAUCUGAAGUCAUUUAUUCAUUCAAUUAGAACUUCAUCUUGGCCCCACUGAACUCACUGGGCUUUUUGCCAUGGACAUUAUUAAGGUUAGAAUCAGAAUCAUAACACACAGUUUCUUAUUUGUUGCAGAUAACCAAUUAAAAUAUCGAGUAUCUCAAAGUGAAUGCUUCUUUCUCUUCUACCUCUCCCUUGAUAUUGUGCUAUUGCUUUUUCUGUUCUUCAUUAAAUUUUAAUUAAGAGUUCCUUUGUUUGUAGGUAAAGAAGAGUUAUUUUAUUUUUAAACUUUUCAGAAUAUGUUUCAGUUUUGAUGGUUUUCUAAAGACAGAAAAACACAAUAAUGAACAUGACUUUUCUAGUGGAGACCUAAUCUAUCAAAUGUGUUUGCCUGAGGAUGAAUGGGGAAAAUAACGGGGAUCUGAAAGCAAGCAUGCCUUCUCUCUCUUACUCUAAUUAAAAAAAAAAAUAUGCAUUUGGUUAAUAAAAAUCAUGUUUAUCAUCAAGCCUUUCUAGAGGAAAUAGAAGCCUAUUCUAUUUUCUAUCAUGGAAACAAAAUAUUACUGAUACUCAACUUUAUUUCUGAAGUUGCAUUCUUAUUCAUUCAUUCUUCUUUGUAAACCUGUGAGAUCAAUUCUUAUGAGUUUACAUCAUUGUCAACUAAAAAUAUUGCCUUUUUAUGCAAUUUGUGGCAGUGUUUGCUGUGGCUGACAGUACAAGUGAAAAGUAUGUGAUAACAGGGACUACGGAUUCAGAUAAGAGAGUGAAGGAGGAAAUGUGGACCAAGCAAUGUUUCUGAAAACAUAUUCUUAUGCUGGUAUGAUCUGGAAUGAAAAAGACAGAUAUUUACCUGAGUAGUGGAGAGGGGAGAAAAAAAAAAAAAAAAAAAAAAAAAAAAGGAAGUAUGUUGUUCACUUUGAUUUGUUUUAGUGACUAAACUGUGACCAGUUUGUAUUAGCAACUUAUUGGGUUGCUGUGUAUGUAUCAGUACUAUUGCAUGGCUUAUACAUUAAUUCAUGUGCAUUGCCCUCAUUUCAGGUACAUACAUGAAAAUCAUAACUUUGAUCUAUGCAAAGAUUUUACACUACAAUUACUGACUUGGGUUUUGUUCAAGGCCAAAAAGAUCAGUAUUUGUCUCUCUUCUGUGUAAGUGCAUACAACAUAUUGGUACAUGAAGAUGACAGUUGAAGACUUUGGUAGGCCUCUUGAAAAUAAUGAAAAAUUGCAUUUUUACUUUCAUUUAAUAACUGAAGAGGGAGAGAAGAGAAGAAGGAGAAACAAAAGCCAAUCUACUUUUUUGCAAAAGUAACAAGGGACUUCUAAUGGCAUAAAAUGUAGCUUCUUCUGCUUUAAAAACCUGAUUUAUAAAGUCUAAGGUUUUAGAUGUGUUAUAGCAAGCCCUACUCCUCAUAAGAAUGAAACUGUUCAUUAUUUACAAGGUUUUUCAAUGAAAAAACUGCCUGUGAAUUAAUUCCAGCCUUGUUUAUUGAUUUCUUUAGGUAUCUAAGGAAUGUUACAAACUUACCAGAAAUUUAUAUUUCCAAUGUACACUGAAAGACGGAACUGCUAAUAUAUAUAUAUAUUUAAUAUACAAAUGUCUCUGCCUAAUUUUUUGAUUUUAAAACAAGCAUAAACAAUACAAUGGAUGUCUUCAUGACUUGAACUUUUCCUCUGAUGAGGUAGUUUAAGCAUCCUGUGUGCUUUAAGUUCCUUGCUGUAAGAAGCAGACAAGGAAGAAUUUUUUUCAAAGCAGAAUUGUGCUGUGAAAUCCUCUCUAGCAGUGCUGGACAAAUACUUUGUCUAUCUGAAAACCAAUGGGGGAAGUUUUCUAUACAUUGUACAUCUUGGGCAAUUUCUACAAUUUGAAUUUUGGGUAGUGUCACUACAAGAUUCUAAGUGAAGGAAUUUAAUAUUUAUAUAGUUAAAUAAAAUGGGGGCUAUAAAUCAACAUAUUAUUUAUAAUCUAAUAAUCCAAGCUAUUUAGGUAGUAGCCAACAUGCCUCAGGCAAGCAGUUGCUAAAACUUGUUUGAAAAGCCUUGAUAUCUGAUAAUCUUACUGAUGAUAGCCACAGUUAUAAUCUGAAAAGUCAUAAAUGGAUAUUCUCAGAUAAUUUGAAAGAUACAUCAAGGCAAAUUAACGGCUUUUUUUUUUUUUUUUAAAUAGAUGUGAAAAAAAUCUUUGAUCUAC